UGACCAAUAGCCGGCAGCGAUGUUUUUUGGCAAGGUGUAUCGCCUGUGUCUGUGUGAGUUUCGUUUUAGAGAGAGAAAUCGAAGCAGAGAGAGAGAGUGAGUGAAAGACCAAGUAAACGAAUCACUGAAUCAAACAAACACACCCAGUCUCUCACAUCUCAUCACGCCUAUAAUAUGGUUAUCUCUCUCUCUCUUUCACUCUCUGCGUGUGCAUGCUUUUCUUCUCCCUUUGCCCUAGAUCUUCCUCAAAUAUUGGUGGUGGGUUCGACAAGAUCUUUGAAUUGAAGUUGGAUUCUCGUGAAUAUUCGAUCUUCUUCGAUCCUCUGUGCAGCUGAAACUUUCAGGUUUAUCUACAUCAAUCUGUCAAAGGUUCAUUUUAGGCUUUAUAUAUUGGUUUCUUUGUGCUUGAGGAUGCUGAAUGCCGAUAUUAGGGAGAUCUUUUGGAGGUGAUACUGUGAUGCCUUUACUUGGAUGAAGACCGCACAAGUUUGGCAUCUAGGCAUUGGAGAUUUGCAGAUCCUGCAUAUGUCGCGCCACCGCCCUCCCAUGAAGAAACCAAUCUGGAUAAUUAUCCUGGUCUUAUUUGUGUGCAUGUUUUUGAUUUGUGCUUACAUCUACCCACCCAAAAGCAGUUCAGCCUGUUAUGUCUUUUCUUCUAGAGCAUGCGAUGUUGUUUCUCAGUGGCUUCCACCUGUUCCUGCAAGGGAAUACACAGAUGCAGAGAUUGCAUCACAAGUGGUUAUUAGGGAUAUUUUGAGUGCACCAUAUGUUCCUAAAAAUCCAAAAGUUGCCUUCAUGUUUCUGACACCUGGUUCCCUUCCAUUUGAGAAAUUGUGGGAUAAGUUUUUUCAAGGUCAUGAAGGGAAAUUCUCAGUUUAUGUGCAUGCAUCUAAGACUAGACCAGUUCAUGUGAGCCGUUAUUUUGUUAAUCGGGAUAUACGCAGUGAACAGGUGAUCUGGGGUAAGAUUUCAAUGGUUGAUGCAGAGAGACGGCUAUUGGCAAAUGCUUUACAAGAUCCUGAUAAUCAGCAAUUUGUUUUACUCUCUGAUAGUUGUGUGCCACUGUAUAGUUUUGACUAUAUAUACAACCAUCUGAUGUUAACAAAUAUUAGCUUUGUUGACUGUUUUAAGGAUCCUGGGCCCCAUGGCAAUGGUAGGUAUUCGGAACAUAUGUUACCUGAAGUUGAGGUGAAGAAUUUCAGAAAGGGUGCACAGUGGUUCUCAAUGAAGAGACAGCAUGCUAUUAUAGUUAUGGCUGACAAUCUGUAUUACUCAAAAUUCCGUGAUUACUGCAAGCCUGGUCUGGAAGGGAAGAAUUGUAUUGCUGAUGAACAUUACAUGCCAACCUUCUUCAAUAUCGUUGAUCCUGGCGGAAUUGCAAACUGGUCAAUAACUCAUGUGGACUGGUCUGAGAGAAAAUGGCAUCCAAAAUCAUACAGGGCACACGAUGUUACGUACGAGCUUUUGAAGAAUAUUACGUCCAUUGAUGUGAGUGUGCAUGUUACCAGUGACGCCAAGAAAGAAGUACAGAGUUGGCCUUGCUUAUGGAAUGGGAUUCAGAAGCCAUGUUACCUAUUUGCUAGAAAGUUCACUCCUGAAACACUGGACAGCUUGUUGCUAAUUUUUUCCAAUUAUUCCACACCUUGAGCCACACCUAUUCUUGACUCAAUUCUUUCAUCGGUUCUACCAAUUGUUGCUCCUUUCGGCCCUCUUGUCCCGUUGUCAUCUUGGUUUCUCAUAUAGCAACAUUAUUGAUAAGUUGUAAAUUACAGCCAUUGUUGAGGCUUGAAAUUGAAUGCGGCCUGUCAAAGCCUCAGAUAUAUAUGUAUAGGGUGCAAGAGAAAAUGGCAUAUUGGCAUUGCAGUUAAUUUGGAGAGGAAGCUAAUGGAGUGAGUUUGCUUCCUUGGAGAUAGAUGGCCCCUUCUCUUCUGGGUUUUCAACGUUUCUGAUUACAUGACAAAUUUUUGGGAGAAAUCAUGUCAGCUCAUUUUAUGGUUGUUGAUGUUGAUCUUUUUUGUACAAUUUGGGACAUUGUUGAGAUGAAAAUACCAAGGGCUACUACACUUUGCUCCUGCUGGAA